AUGUCUGCCGCCCUUUUAAAAGCCGAAAACGAUGCGGUUAUCCAGCUCUACGCGACAAGCUUGAUCGGGUUUGCGGUCGCGACGACCAUCUACGGAAUCUCCGUGUUGCAAGUCUAUCUCUACUAUCGGGCGUACCCGAAGGACAGACUUGCUCUCAAGCUGACUGUCGCAUUGCUCUUUGCGGUUGAUACCUGCGGCACCAUGUUUGUUUGCCAUUCGCUUUACACCUACCAUGUCUUCAACUACUACACCCCAUUGAAAAGUCUCGAAAUUCCAUGGAGUUUCGCGGUGGAAAAAUUCUUGGUGACUUUUACGACCUUUGUGGCGCAAUGCUUCUAUGCCCACACCAUCUACAAAGCCACCUCUCACAGACUCACCUCCGCAUUCAUUAUGGCUUUGGCUCUUGCUGCUCUCGCGCUUGGCUGUUGGACAACUGAACAGAUUUUCGACAAACCUCUGGCUGUUGUCAGCACGCACAAAUUCGCCGUCAUCAGCGCCUGUGUGCAGAGUUUUGCCGCCCUCGACGAUGUUGUCAUCACCGCCAGUCUCUGUUAUUACCUGCGACGCCGACGUGGGGAUCUUCCUAGCACCAAUGGCUUACUCGACACUCUCAUGGUUUAUGCUGUCAGUCGAGGGGCCCUCACCGCCAUUGCCCAAAUUCUUUUCUUGAUUACAAAUGUCGGGUUCCCCGGCCGGACUUAUUGGCAACCGUUCCACCAGGUGGUCGGCAAACUCUAUGUCAACUCCGUCCUUGCGACGCUCAAUGUCCGAAGCACAUUCGCAGUUCGCUCAGAGGUUCAACUUAACACCCUCAAGCUGACUGUUCCUGGGGGAUCAGCUGCCAUCGAGUCCCGAGCUGAAGACGGUCGCUUGAAGCCAAUAACCUUCAAACAUCCAAUCACGUCAGCAACGACAGACUCCAGCACCGCUGGUGACGCGUCGGAUAAAGCCGAGACGAGCUUCCCUUGA